CCCACCGUUCUUAUCCGUCGAUCAUAUCUGUCAUAACUUUUGAUGUUGGAACAGCAAUGUAGACCUACGAAAAUUUUUAGUGCCUCAAUUGGAAACGAACCUAAAUUCAAAGUCAUAGACAAAGUAUAUUCCUUUCGAAAGCCAAAAAUCUUAGCCACAAUUACAAUGUCGAAUCUAGAUCAACGCAAUAUACUACUUCUCAACGACGACUGUUUCUACCAUAUCUUCAAGUUUCUUCCGAUAAUCGAAUGGUGUUCACUACGGGAAACAUGUACCCGUUUUCGGACAAUUUCUGAUUAUUUAUUUAAAAGACAAGCCGAAACGUUUCGACUGUUAUCAUAUAAUUUCACUGUCAAUGAAGUGAAACGUGUGCUCCGAAAUUUUGGGCAAUUCAUCAAGAAGCUGUCGAUCAAUCAAAACUAUUUUAGGGGAGACGAAGAUUUUAAUGAAUUGUUGCCUUACCUGGAAUGCUAUUGCCGGUCAUUAUCCGAUGUGAAAUUCGUCAACUUCAAUGCAACGCUAACAAUGGUCGUACAUCGUGAACAAUUUUUUUCGAAUUUGCAACGGUUGGUGGUGGAUCAAUGGACAGACGAACAAGCAUUGGCUUGUUGCUUAUCUGAUUGUGUUUCACUAAAAGAAUUGGUAUUGAUACGUCUGACAAACAUUCCGGGAGAUAGUUUGGCAUAUGGACGGAUCAAAUCUUUAGAAUCGCUUACGAUGAAUUGCUGCGACGAUUUCAACUACGACACUCUAAAGACAUUUCUUGCCAAAAAUUGGCAGUUGACCAAAGUCAAAUUUUUUACUCUAAAAUUUCGGAAUGAGCACGAUGCCGACCACCUUAUGGAUUAUGUUGCCAACACGUUAGCAACGUUGGAGGCACUUAGUGUUCACUUCAAUAUGAUAUUCAGACCAAAUGUACUACCUGUAACAAGACUGGCUUCACUUAAGAAAUUCGAAAUUAAUACGAUGUACGUCGACGAAUGUACAGUGAAUCAACUUCUCACCAACCUGGCCGUGCAUAAUAAAAUCGAAGACCUGCAUUUGGCCUUAUUCAAAUGUACAGAUGAGUCACUUCAACGAUUGCUGUCAUUGAAAAGUUUAAAAAUACUCAAGUUCACCGAAAUGAAUCACUUGGACGGUGACAUCUGUAAAAGGCUAGCCACCCAACUACCAGCCCUCUCUGAGGUGCAUAUUAUCGAAUGCAAUGACACUACACUCAAUGAGAUCAAACAGUUCGUCCUUCAUUUACCGCACUUAAAGCGAAUCGUAUACAAUCGUGUGGAUGAUACGUUACCGUCAGUAACGUCGGAAUUGCUUUUGUCUUUGGUCGAAACCAGGAGAGCGCAACCAACGAAGGAUGUCUUACUGAUUUUCUUGAACGAUGACGACCUGUCAGAUAUCCAAAAUGAUUGGAUAGAACCAGGAAUUUUAGCUGGGUGUUCGUACGUUGUGAGAUUAAUACCGCUGGAUAAGGAGCAUCGCAGAACGGUGUUCGAAUAUGGUAGUCGUUUUAUGAGAGGAUCCCUUUAUCAGUGGUAAGAUAGUCGAUCAGUUAUGGUGAUGAUUUAACAUUUUGAUGAUUCUUAGUAUAUUCGAUGUCUGAGAUAGUGGUCGCGAUAUCCUAGAAUAAUUUACAAAAAAUAAGUUUUUAAACUUAACAAAUUACAGAUUUCAGUUCACUAAACAUUAUUUUAUAUGUGUAGUGUGUUCUAAAAUAGUUCUAAAUACGAAAAUAAUGUACCCGAUACCCAACAGGAUCGAAUUUAAGUACAAAAACGGUGAAAUGAAUCGUAAUUUCUCCCAAUUUUCAUAUGAAAACUUAUAGUACGAUUGUAUCGUAAAGUUGUUACUGACGAAUUCAAUGAAUUAAAUUUAUAUUAAUAGAAUCGAUUACCAUUUUGAGUUCUUUCACAACAA